GUGUACUAAAUUUCGCAAUCCUCGUAUAAAUGGAGGUAUGAGAUUUGUCUUCCCGAAGAAUUGUGUUAUUAUUUUUUUGAAAAUCUUAUUUAAAAUUGAAAGGUGGCAUUGCGAAAAUAACAUAAUUCUAUAGAUCAUAAAAAUAAGUUAUAGAUUUAUAUUGAAAUACUGUAUACUUUGUUAGGUUUGAAAGAAAAUACGGGAAUUACAAUACUUUACUUCAGUUAAAUUAUAGUGUGACGCCUAUAUUUAGGCAAUUAUUCGAUGUCAAUUUGCAAAUCAUGGCGGGUGCUUCUGCUGGAGAUUGGUGUCUUAUCGAGAGUGAUCCAGGUGUUUUUACUGAGCUUAUAAGAGGCUUCGGUGUUGGUGGAAUGCAAGUCGAAGAAAUAUGGACUCUAGAUGAUGAAGCUGCCCUGGAAAAGCUCAAACCAGUUCAUGGACUGAUAUUCUUAUUCAAGUGGCAACCUGGAAUGGAGUCAACAGGAACAAUUGUUCAGGACAGCAGAUUAGAUGACAUUUUCUUUGCUAAACAGGUCAUCAACAAUGCAUGUGCUACACAGGCCAUUCUGAGUGUUCUCAUGAACUGUCACCAUGGUGAUGUCAACCUUGGCAACCAACUUAAGGAAUUCAAAGAGUUCACUUCAUCAUUUGACCCCACAAUGAAAGGCCUUACCAUAAGUAAUUCUGAAGUCAUCAAAGAAGUUCACAACAGCUUUGCAAGACAACAGAUGUUUGAGUUUGAUUCAAGAUUAGCCAACAAGGAUGAUGAUGUUUACCACUUUGUUAGUUACAUGCCGAUCCUAGGAAGAUUGUAUGAAUUGGACGGACUUAAAGAUGGCCCAGUAGAUCUUGGACAAGCAGAUGAAGGAGAUUGGUUGAAGACUGUGAAACCUGUCAUCGAAGAAAGGAUACGCAAGUAUAGUGCCAAUGAGAUCCACUUCAAUCUGAUGGCUCUAAUCACAGAUAGAAGGGUGAUAUAUGAAAAGGAAACCAGCAGAUUACAAGAUCAACUCAAGGCUUUACAAAGUCAGGAGGAACUGAUGGACACUGACCAAUCAGCGCCUUUGUCUGUUGAUGCCAUCCAAUCAGAACUGAGCAGGUAUCAGCUCUUGCAAGAAGAAGAGAAUAGAAAAAUCAAGAGAUUUAAAGUAGAAAACGUAAGACGAAAGCACAACUACCUUCCACUUAUUAUGGAGCUCCUCAAGAUCUUGGCAAGCAAAGGAGAGUUGGUUCCUUUGGUUAAAGAGGCAAAAGAGAAGGCUCUUGCAAAACAGGAAAAGGAGAAGCAGAAGAAAGCAACAGAAGCAAGAUAGACAUAGAGACUCAACUUUGUUUAGUAAAUUCACAUUUAGUAAUUAUAAAAGAGGACAUUCAACAAGAAAUGUCAACUCUCAGUGGCCUUUUAUUCACCAUAUUCACAAAAAAUAUCCCCACCUGCCAAAUAAAAAUGAUAAAUGAAUACGUAAAUGAAAAAUAAAUAAAUGCAUGAAAAAUAUUAAAUAGAUUUAAAAAAAGAACUCUCCAAAUCUUUUCAUGCAUGAAAUGUGUGUGAAUUUUUCAAAAUUCUGAAGUUUUUCAUUGUGAAAUUCCUGAAAAAAAAGGUUUUCUUCCCACAAGUUUGUCUUUUCACCCUUGUGCAGUUUUCUUGAUGACUAAGUCCAUCCAAACUAAAGAGAUCAUUCAUUACUUUGAAUGUCAACAUCUUUACAAGUAAUACUUGUUACUUGAUCUUUUUUUGUGUAACACAGUAGAGCUGUGUUGUACCCAAGUAUGUGGAAGUGAGAGUGUGGAGGAAAUUCACUGUAAUUUUAAGUGUUACCAUGCUUUUAUCACAAAUAGAGUAUACCUGUUCCGUUAAAAGAAGACUUUCUAUCAGUCAGUCCGUCAAGACUUGACUUCUUUUAUUGUAAAAAAUAGUUUUGUUAUGAGAACAAAGUUUGUAUUAUUUAUUCCAUUUCACCCUUCGUAUUCAUCAUUUGUUUGUUCAUUGGUGCAAACAGCUGAAUUUAGAAACAAUUUAAUUUCAAGGUGUAAAAUUUUGUAUUUAAAAUUUUAAAUCACUGAUUACGUUUGAUCAAGAUAAAGUAUGAAGAAUUAAUGAGUCUCCUCUCAAAUAAGUCGGGUAACCACUGCAUUUGGUAUCUGAUAAUUUGUAUAAGCAGUGAAUCUAAAGGCUGUCCAAAUCAACCAAUCGGAGCAAGUCUCUUAAAUGCCACUUUAUUGCCUGAAAGAAUAAAAGGUAAAUACAUCUUAAAGAUACAUAAAUGAAUUUAGUUCAUUGUUGUUUCAUAUUUCAUCUUUAAAAGUAUGAAACCAUUCUUUAUAUAACAAGUGUCUGAAACAUUCCAAAUAGCCAAAUGUGGAAUUUAUCAUUUUGAUAAUUUUCAUAUUCAUUGUAUCACAUGACUCAACUUGAGAGUAGAAAGCAUGUGCAAGCUUUUUCUUUUUUCAUUUGAGAUAAAAAGAUAAUCAUAUUGAUAUUUUCUUCCCUCUUUGACAUAUUGGCAUUUGAAUAAAUUCAGAUUUUAGAUUUGAAGAUUCUCAUAGCCUGUCCAAACCUAAAACAAAGUCAUUACAGAAUUAAAAAGAGUGACUGGGUGAUAUGACUUUGGGUGAUUUUUCCGUAGUGUAUUUAUUACAAAUUUGAGCAAUGAUCAAAUACAUGUACAUACAAAACAUUUGUGACUGUUUUUGUUUUAAUUCUUUUUAAAAUCUGUUUGAUGAUCGGUGUUGAAUUUCUGCUUAACAUUAUCAAAGUGAUUAAAUGAUAUUGGAAAGUUUAUAAGAAAACAAAAUUGUAUUUAAGAUGUUGUGCUUACAUGUCGAUGCCAAAAUUGAAUGAAGAAGUUUAUUAGGGGAAAUAUGCGUGGUGUGACACAAUAAACAUUGGAAGAGACGGGUGACGCAACAAGAAAUGAUGUUGUAAUAUUGAAACACGUGCUUAUAACCUAUAGGCCUGCAUUCUGCAGUCCAAAUUAACUUGGACCAUGGUCUAAUUCUGUGCUAAAACUAUGGAAAGCCGAAAUUAUGCAAAAUUUUGUUUUACAUUGUAUGAUUCUUCUCUUUACUUUUCUCUUUCCUUGUGUUUCAAUGUGGAGAAGAACUAUUUUAACUAUUAUUCCCAGACAGUUAUGAAUAAUUUGAGUAACGGGUGAGCCAAUAAAUCAAACCUGGGGGGUGUUUCACAAAGAUGUAAGUAUGACUUAGAGUCACACAUAAAUGCCUAGUUGCGUACGGUAUAAAAGGCACCACCGUAUUGAUCAGAUCAUGUGAAGAGGACGCGCACUCCUGCUUAUUGAUCAAUUAGAUUGUGUGUUUUGAUAUAUGUUUUGAUUCAUCCAGGAAGAAAUACAAAUUACGAAUAGAAGUAAAUCUGAUCGUCUGGACUUACUGGUUUGAAACGGAGAACAGUUUCACGUCCGAUAAAGAAGAAGCGUCCCGGAUCGGACAAAGAAACCUCCCGGAUCGGAACGAUAGAAUCUUAUCAUCUAGACUUACUGGUUUGAAACGGAGAACAGUUUCACGUCCGAUAAAGAAGAAGCAUCCUGGAUCGGACGAAGAAGCGUCCCGGAUUGGACUUGAAACUGGUCUCUGUUUCAAACUAGUAAGUCCAGAUUAUCAGAUUUACUUCUAUUCCUAAUUUUAAGAUUGUGUGUUGCAUAUCAUAUACGCGUCAGCAUUUAAGUGCGACUUAAAGUCAUACUUAACUCUUUCUGAAACACCCCUGUACUGUUUGACAUUUGUGUCACAAUUGUCUAUCCAUAGAUAAAUUACAGUUGAAAUUAAACCCAAGUUCAGAAUAAGGGCCUUAGGGGUAAUGUGUCCCUUUUGGGAGACACUUUUGAAGUUUGGAAAUAAAUAGGAAAUUAAUGAUUGUUGCAAAUUUGAGGAGCAAACACAGAUAAUCUUGACGUAUUAAGAUACACAGUUUAUUCCUUAUUCAAAAUCUGCUUAUAUUAAACAACUUCAGAUCAGAAUAUC